GGGCACACCAUUGCCACCCCUGUCCUGUGCUGAGCCAGACUCAGUUGGCAAUUGGCAGGCUUUUCCCUUGGACUGGUCAUAGAUCAGCACUGAAACUCAGAAGAUAAAGAGAAGUCCUUCUAUCAUGUCCUACAGACGAGAGCUAGAGAAAUACCGCGACUUGGAUGAAGAUGAGAUUCUGGGAGCCCUCACCGAAGAGGAGCUCAGGACCCUGGAAAAUGAGCUGGAUGAGCUGGAUCCUGAUAAUGCUCUGCUGCCUGCGGGCCUGAGGCAGAAGGACCAGACCACCAAGGCACCCACGGGCCCCUUUAAGAGAGAGGAACUCUUGGAUCACUUGGAAAAACAAGCCAAGGAAUUUAAGGACCGAGAAGACUUGGUCCCCUACACAGGGGAGAAACGAGGAAAGAUCUGGGUCCCCAAGCAGAAGCCAAUAGAUCCUGUGCUGGAAAGUGUGACUCUGGAGCCAGAGCUGGAGGAAGCCUUAGCCAAUGCAUCAGAUGCAGAACUCUGUGAUAUUGCAGCUAUCUUGGGUAUGCACACGCUCAUGAGCAACCAGCAAUACUACCAAGCCUUGGGCAGCAGCUCCAUUGUGAACAAGGAGGGACUAAACAGUGUGAUUAAACCAACACAAUACAAGCCUGUGCCCGAUGAAGAACCAAAUUCAACAGAUGUAGAGGAAACACUGGAGCGGGUAAAGAACAAUGACCCAGAACUUGAAGAGGUUAACCUCAAUAAUAUCCGGAAUAUCCCCAUACCCACCCUCAAGGCAUACGCAGAAGCUCUGAAAGAAAACUCCUACGUGAAAAAGUUCAGCAUUGUUGGGACCCGGAGCAAUGACCCUGUGGCAUUUGCCCUUGCUGAAAUGCUCAAAGUGAACAAGGUGUUGAAGACACUAAAUGUAGAAUCCAACUUCAUCUCUGGAGCUGGAAUCCUGCGCCUGGUGGAAGCUUUGCCACACAACACUUCUCUGGUGGAACUGAAAAUUGAUAACCAGAGCCAGCCCUUGGGCAACAAAGUGGAAAUGGAGAUCGUGAACAUGUUGGAGAAAAAUGCAACACUUCUCAAAUUUGGCUACCAUUUUACCCAGCAGGGGCCCCGGCUUCGGGCAUCCAAUGCCAUGAUGAACAACAAUGAUCUUGUGAGGAAGAGGAGGCUCGCAGACCUGACGGGGCCUAUCAUUCCCAAGUGCCGCAGUGGAGUCUAGUGCGCUGGCGCGAAGCCCACGCCUUUGAACUGGAUGUGUUCUACUGACACUGUGCUUUGCGGUGGAGAGCUAGAGGCCAACGCUGGCACAAACCCCUUUUGUGGUUAAGUUCUUUAUGCACUAAGGUCUUAGGUUAACUAGUAGUUGUAGCUGAAUAUUUUAUAAACUAUGGCGAAUGUGAAGUUUCUCUUUAGUCACAGUUCGGUCUGGUUAUUCUUUAAAAACUCAGAAGCCCUCAAGCUGGCAGCUCUUACUGCAAAUGACACAACCGUGGCAGUGGCUGAACACCAGGGCCCAGGCUGGUGGCCUCGCUGUGUGGUCUAGGUGCAUUCAUAACGCCAAACACAUAAACAACGAGCACUCUUCCACUUGGGUUUCGAGAAUUAUAAAAUACUUUAUUACGGCAUAAAGAACAGAUAAUCACCCUUUAUCUUUUAAGAACCUCGAGAUUAAAGUUGCCAAAUUGAUUACUGAAUUUAAAAACCAUUUCCCCCUAAGGAAUUACCCAGAGUAAAGCCACAGGACUUUGCCAGGAAUCACACACACAAACACAUACACACUUAAGUCCUCUUGUUGGAUGUUAGAAAAAGGCAAUGGUGAAAUUUCAAGUUUCAGAAACCACCCAGGCAACAAACAUUGCCAAGUGUUCUUUAGGAACGUGAGAAUAAGGAAAGGACUUUCCUAAGUGCCCACCUCAUUGUGGAUGUGAAAACCUUGGCCAAAUAGGUGCAAACACCUUUCUGUACUACACAGUGGGAAAUGGCUUAGGAGAGGCUAACCUCCCGUGGGGUACAUACAUCUCCAUUUCACUGUGGCUGUGGGAUUUGGUGUGGGCAAAAUAACAAACUUCUACUCCCUGUCUCGUCACUUACUGGACAAAUCAUCACUGAGCUCAGUCCGCAAACGAAGCCUCUGAAGGACAAUAGUGCAGAAAGUCUGGCAACUGGAGAGUGACCACAUUUUAGCUAAACUACCCCAGGAUAAUUAUUCUGAAAAGAAAAUUUUGGUGUUUCUCCUCGUUCCUUUUAACGCCAUGCGUACCUUUUGGGAGCCAGUAAGAAUGUCAAGCCAUGUCACAUCGCCCUUGUGCCUUUUAGUAUAUCACAGUACCAGUCCAACUAGGGUUUUUGUUUGUUGCUUUGGGAGUUAUUUUCAUUGGGGGGAUUCAGCUUAUAUAAGGACAAGUGCCAAAAAGCACACUUGGGAGGCUUCUGAUGGACAGGGUAAGUCCCGCCCACCGAACUGCAGUGCUGUGGAUAGUACAGGGUAACUAGAAGUGGAGCCAGGGCCUCGCCAUUAUGAAGAGUGUUUACUUGGGCUGCCGAUGGGCCUGGGAAUGGUGCCAAGCUGCAGGGAUGGCCAUCCCCACUUGGCUUCUCCUUGAAACACAAUUGCAGCUGCAUUCUGCAUCACUGGAAACUGCGACAUAUUAUUAAAGCUGUUGGUCUACA